AAUCAUGUUGAUGAUAAACGUGGUAGCUGUGAAUGUAGCGAGGACCUUGGUUUUGAUGAGGCUCUUCUGAACAUGAAACUCGAUACUAUGGCUGGAGAAUACAAUGAUCUUCUCACAUCUCAACUAGAUAACCAAAGAAAAUAUUAUGAAUCACUGGUUCUGGAGAUUAAGGAGGAGACUGAGAAGGACAUUUCUGAAGCUAUUAAAAAGGCUGUUAGUCUAAAACUUCAGAAGUUCCAAAUAAAGCUUGAUAAAUGCAUUGAAGAGAAAAAGUUUAUGGAGGAUUUGCAUUUUGCAUCUAGUUUUAAGUGGCAAAAGGUGAAAUCGCUCGCCCCCAGCGCCCCCGCCACACCCGACCCCAGGCCAUCACGAGGGAGGUAAAUCACGGCAGCCGAGCAUGCAAGUAAUGGGUGGGGUGAGGUGCACCAAGGUCCAGGGAUUUACGCUCCGACAACCCUGCGAUUCGACCCCGCGUUCUCAAAUGGCAAACAAACCACUACUUACCAACUCGGAUGACCCGUGGGGUCUAAAAUGUGCUUCCUUUAUGCUAUUAUUUGGGUUAACUUGGUUUUCUGUUGCUUGUAGAUUAAUGAAAACUUGUUGAAAAAUGAAGAUACAUGGAAAGCAAAAGUUCAACAUCUAGAAGAAAGGGAGCUAGCGGCAGUGAAAUGGAGAGAUAAGAAGAUUCAAGGUUUGGAGGAACAACUGGGAGAUCUGAUAAUGCACAUUGAAUCCCAAAAAGUGAUCGAUGAACCUCCAAAGGACUCCGUUGCGAGUGAGAUCAAAGGCGGCACUGUAUUACCAAUUGAACCUUCAUCCUCUUCCUGUAAAAAGAACCGAAGAAGGAACUAGGGUGUGUUCGUUUUUCUACAACUAUUAUCAAACAAAAGCUAAACUUUUGUAUCCCUGCACGUGAUCUUCUUCUCCAACAUGGACCCUCACCUGGGAAGCAAUGCAAUGCGCCUUCAGGGCUGUCUGUUUCAGGGAAUUGGUGUUGCUGUUCUUCCUUUGCAAUCUAAUUGCAGGUUUUGUUUGAUCUUUUCCUCUCUAUAUUCUUUUGGUAGAUCAGUACCUACGUAAUUGUAUGAUUUAGGAGUAGUGUAUCAGAUUAUCACUUUAUAUAGACCUACAAUUCAUUUAGUCUAUUAAUAUUAGCAAGAA